GCAACGGCUGCCCGACUUCAGCUCCCACGAAGGACUCUCAGGUCCUCGUCUUCUUUUCACGUAUCCGACCAACGUAGUGGCGCUUUCUUAUCCAUCAGUUUGCCAACUAAGCUACCAGGCCACAAUCCAGAGAACAGAAAGCAAACCCUGUCCAAGCCCACUCCAAGACAGGGGACAAGCCGGCCAUGCCGCCCUUCACCCCACGCCGCGCAAGGCGAGGCGGCGGAGGCGGAGGCGGAGGGUUGGGGCGGGGCGCAAGGAGCCCAGCCGGGCCUCCCAAGGGGCUGUUCGAGACGAUCAACUCCAAGUGGUACUGUGACUGCACCCCGCGUACCCAGGCCGCCAUCCGGACAGUGCAGAAGGAAGGGAGGAACAAGGGCAGAAAGUUCUGGGCCUGCGCCAAGGACCGGCGCGACCAGUGCGACCUCUUCAUCUGGGACGACGAGGCCCGGGCCCGCGAGCUCCAGGCCCAGGAAGCGGCCAGGCUGCUGCAGGCGCCGCCGUCGACGCCGCGCUUCCGCCAGACCCGCCUGACGGACGACGGCAGCGGCGGCGGCGGCGGCGGCUGCGGCUUCACGCAGACGACGGCGCCGCCCCAGACACCGACCCGCCAGCGUGCCGCCAGGGUGGACCCAGGUGCUGUCGACGACACCGACGAUUCGUCGUCGUCGUCGUCGUCGUCGUCGUCGUCGUCGUCGUCGUCGUCGUCGUCGUCCGACACGGACGCCCAGAUGGCCCGCGACGAGGCGACCCCGGCCUCCGCCGCCAGGAGCCAGCGGAGCAGCGCCACGGCCGCCAACACCCCGUCGCAGGCCUCAUCGCGGACCCCGAGCCGCGGCCCGUCGUCGUCGCGACAGCAGCAGCAGCAGCAGAAGGAGGCGGCGGCCCCACCCCCGGCCAAGAAGGGGAAAAAGCGCAAGCACGAUGAGUACUCGGACGAGGACUUUGAGGGCUCCGACAUGGAGCGCGACCUCGCCGAGCUGACCGACUCGGUCGUCGCCAGCCUCGGCCGACAGUGCCGGGAAAUGGCCGCCGCCGCCCCCGCGACCCCGUCCAAAUCCAGCCUCCGACAACACCAGCGCGGCGGCGCCGGCCUGCCGCCCACACCCGUGAGCCGCAACGCGCCCCUGAUCUCGCGCUCGGCCGACGGCGGCGGCAAAAGCCGGAAGCGUGUGAGGCUCAGCACGCCGACCGGCGGUAUCAGCUCUCCCACAUCGUCGCCGACCCCGCGCACCAGCAGCAGCAGCAGCGGUGGGACGGCGGCAGUCGGCAAUGAUAACGACGACGAUGAAGACGACGACAACGAAUACCGCGACGACUACGACGUGACGCGCGAGGUCCUCACCCUGCUGGGCCGCCACAAGCACAAGUACAAGCGGCAGGACCGGGACACGACGGCGCGCCUCCGGACCGACGUGCGCGCGUGCCUCAACGGGUGGGCGCUGCGGGCCGAGAGCGUCAAGAGGGCCCGCGACCUCGCGCGCCAUGGCAUGGCGUCGCGCGACGCCCGCGUCGCCGAGCUGCAGGCCAGGGUCGCCGCCCUCGAGGCGGAGCGCGCCGCCGACCGCCGCCGCAUCGUCGAGUACAGGGAGGCGGCCAAGAAGCUCCUCGAGGGCUGAUCCGUAUCCUCUGUGGGCUCCCGUGUGUUGCACUUCCUUCUUUGGUUCUGGUUUGUACAUGGCCCGCCUGGAAUUUCGUCAGUGGGAGAACGGGCGGGCGACGUUUCAUCUCGGAAGAGCUUUGAAUCUAGUGUUUGCGGGCAGAAUCAGUGCGCUUAUUGACGAUUUCAUGGUUGGCUUUUUGGAGCCAAAUGUUAAUGAUACCCCUUAAGGUAGUAACUAUGUGAAUUCAUGGAUGCUUUGCUCCG